AUGGCUUCGACUAUUACAUCAAUUCCAGAUGAAUAUCUUUGUCCAAUUACAAGAGAAAUGAUGAUAAAUCCUGUUAUACUUAUCGAAGAUGGAUAUUCGUAUGAAGAAUCUUUCAUCCAAUCUUGGUUAGAAAAUCAUAAUAGAUCUCCAAUGACAAAUAAUGAAUUAAAUAAUCGUACUUAUGUACCAAAUCGUGCAUUAAAAUCUCUUAUCAAUGAUUUUAUUUCUCAAAAACAAAACUUAUCCCAUUCAUUAACUGAAGAAUUUCUUUCAUUUAAAAUUUGUACAAAACCAAUUAUUUCCGAUUGGAAAAAUCGACCAAAAAUUCGAAUAAGACUAACACUUUUAGGAUCAUCUGCAAUAGGCAAAACAGUGUUAGCACAAUGUUUAAAAUAUGGACGUUGGCCUCAAACUAUGACAUUACCAACUUCAACAAUUGGAAGUGAUAUACUCUUUUAUUAUUUAGAUAAAUUAUUUCGAAAUGAAUAUGUUGUUGCUAUUCAAUUAAAUGAUCCACCAGGACAAGAACAAUUUGAAUCAGUAACAAAUCAUUUCUUUCGAGAAUGUCAUGGAGCUUUACUAUUAGCUGAUACGACACGUUUAGAAACUCUUGAUCGUUUAGAAAAAUUUUGGUAUCCAAAAUUAGAAAAAUUCGGUAUGGAUCAUUUCCAAAGUGUACUUGUAUGUACAAAAAUGGAUUUAUUUGAAAAAGAAGAUAUAAAAUAUCGCGAAUUAUUUCUUCAACGUUCACAACAAUUUGCUUUUGCACAUCAAAUGCCAAUUGUUAAUAUUUCUGCUUAUCGAGGUGAUAAUAUCGAAUAUCUUUUCAAACAAUUAAUUAUUCGAAUUAUGGAAAAUGAUAUACUCAUUAAUGAUUUAAUAAAUCAAGCAAUUUAUUCUCAAAAAUUAAAUAUUAUUCAACAAAAAGUAAUACCAGACAUUCAUAUAUCAGAGAAACAAAAAUCGAAAUUUACAUGUUGUAAUUAA